UAACGUCACUUGAGUGAAUGACUCUCCAGCAGCUGCAGUCCACAAGAGAUGACCUCCACCAGAGCCAUGUUUUCUCUAUCACUCUGACCUCCACUAGUGUCACUCUUGCAUGACUGUUUUAGGUAUCAAAGGAAUUUCCUAAGCAUUCAAAUGUGGGCCUAAGCGUAAAUAUCAUCCACUCACGCUUUACAUGUAUUUUAGCAGCUGUAUGUUAACUGACAGUUGAUCAGGCUGUGUUUGAAUGAGUCACCAUUGUACUCACUAUAAAAGACUCAACUGGUGAGGACUGGUUCCCCAGUGAUGCAUGAAGGUCCAGCAGCUGCAUUGCCUGUUCAGCAGCAGCCUACCGGGCAUAUUCAGCCCCAGGCUGUAGGUGUACCUUUGGGUGACCUGCAAGGUCAAGUUCCCCUCUUAACUCAAAGCUCCAGCAGCAAACUAAGAACCAUGUCUGAACCUGUUCCUCUGCUACAUUGUGCUCGGGGUCCCGUGGCCAGUCAUGCUCAAAGAUGGAAGGAGCUGAAUGUAGACAUCAGCUCCCCCUGUAAUACAACUAAGCCUGAUUUAAAGCAGAAUGGACAAUGUGAAUGCAGCCAGAGUUCAGACAUGACUCCUGGAACCGGUUGGGACAUGGAUAAGAGUAGUUGCAACCAUCUGCCAGCAUCUGUGAAUGCAUCAGAGAACGGUUCAUUGGAUCUGCUAAGAAUAGUAAAGCACAAGCCAAGUACCAUUGUCUUCUGUGAUAAUGAUUGUAGCACUGACAACCAGGAUAUCUCUGAUGCUGGAGAGUCCUCUUCAUCCAUCACCGAAGAGGGAGAGGGUGGUGACAACGAUGAUGAGGAGGAUCAUUUUCCCAAGAAGUCACAAUAUAAGGAAUUCCUGGUCAGUCGUCGCCGUAGAAAUUUGAGCAGGAACAGGAAGUACUUGAGGAAGAGACAGGAUGUCCAGCCUAAUAGCGCUGCAUCUGGCUGGCAAAAGCCCACCAACAAGGAAAAACCUGAGUUCGCAGGUAGCCAGAAGGAAGAGGAAACACCACCGAACAAUGGAAAACAGGCUGCUGCUUGUGAAUCCAUGACCCUGCUGAUGAAAAAGUUGGAUCACCUCAAUGAGCCGAUCCAGGAAGGCCAAAGCGCUGAUUCCUCCCACUCAGACGUGGCCAAUGCUGACGAGGAGCAGCAGAGCACCAUGGGUGAUCCAGCUGUGGGCAGGACAGCAAGUAGAGUGCUGAGUCAGGAUCAGGGAACCUCCAGAGCUUCAGACAAACUUGAGCCACUGACCAGGCGACGCUCGCAACCACUGACCCGCAGCAGACCGCUGACCCGCUCGUCUCUCUCAUCCCCUACACAUCUCCAUGCUCGACGGGCCAGGGCUGCUGCAAGGAUGACCAGUGGAUCAGCAGAGAUUGAGGCUAAGGAGGCUUGUGAUUGGCUUAGAGCAGCGGGAUUUCCACAGUACGCCCAGCUCUAUGAAGAUUCCCAGUUUCCAAUUGACAUUUCCUCAGUGAAAAAGGAUCACGACUUUUUGGACCGGGAUCUGGUGGAGCCUCUAUGUCGACGUCUAAAUACUCUGAAUAAGUGUGCCUCCAUGAAACUGGAUGUCAGCCACCCCAAGAAGAAAGGUGAUGACUCUGAUGAAGAUGACCCGUUGGCUAUCAGUAAAAGGUGGACCUUUGAGUGGAGCAGCCGACGUUGGUCUCGCCUGCAAGACUUCCUGUUGGACAGCACCAAUGAAAGCAGCCCAACAGGUCAAGGGGAAGGUCUGCUGCACAGCACAGUGAGCAGUGAGAGUGUGCUGACAGACCUGAGCGAGCAGGAGAUCACAGAAAUCUCCUCGCUGCACAGUGAGGACUCCGCCUCCGCCAUGCCUGAUUCUAUAUCUAUGGCAUCACUCUCUGCUUCCUACCAACCACCCAGGGAUCUACCACACUACAACUCCCUGCCAAUUAAGAGCAGCAGGCAUGGUCAAGGAGGGCGGAGUAAAGCCAAAGAGUUUUUGCGUCGCAUGGAAGUAAUGCGCACGUGGGGGCCGUCCACGAUGCGGAAAAGCUCAAAUCGCAGGCCACCGCUGGUCAUCAGUGGGCCAGUGUUACAGGGCGAGGAGCCUCACGCACUGCAGAUGCUCCAGUGUACACCCAUCAGCCAACUAGAACACAGCCCUAAACACAACCACCAAACUGAUGGUGACUCUUCCUCUGUCUCCCUUACCAAUGAUUGUAAACCACAGUCCACGGUGAGUGUGAGCCCCAGCAGCGAGACAGUGGCCUCCAGUAUGAAGGAGCCUGUGUGUACAAAACACCGUACUGCCAGCAAGAGAAGCAGCAUGUAUUUAGAGGAUAUGGAGCUGCCUUCUCAAGGUAAGAGGACUGAAGGACAGAGCCAGUUUGGCAGAAACCAGUUUCACUCAUAUGAAAACCUCCUUGUUCACAUCCCCAAGGACCAUAAACCAGGCACCUUUCCAAAAGCUCUAUCCAUAGAGAGCCUGGCGCCUUCCCCUGGUGACAGGAACAAUGGCCCCCAGACACAAGCCCAAACUUUUCCACCCACCAAUGGCCUGGGUGAGUCCUGGUCUGGUAAACCUUUGUCCAAGCCCCCCUGUCCUGGAGCUCCACGGGGCAGCAGGGUGAGUGUUUACGACAACGUCCCGGGCUCCCAUCUUUACGCCAGCACAGGAGACCUGCUGGACUUAGAGAAAGAGGACAAUUUGUUCCCUCACCUAGAUGACAUCAUUCAGCACGUCAGCGGUUUGCAGCAAAUAGUGGACCACUGGAGCCGCAGUGUGCUGCCUGAGGAUGAGACCACGGAGGGAGAGGAGGAAGGGGAGGGCAGGAACACGCCCAGUGAAGGCGAAAGAGAUGGGGUCUCCUUGAACGACACUGAUUCUACAGGAACCAGUCGGGAGAGGCGGGACUCUGGAGUCGGGGCCUCGCUGACAAGACCACGUCUACGAUGGCCCAGUUUCAGAACAUCUGAUCAUCUGAACCAGCCAGCAUCUUCACUGCAGAUCGGUAGCCAAUCAGCGGGCCAGCUCAGCCUGCUGCAGAAGUUCUCUUUGCUCCGCCUCACCGCCAUCAUGGAGAAAUACUCAAUGUCAAAUAAACAUGGCUGGACAUGGUCUGUGCCCAAGUUUAUGAAGCGCAUGAAGGUGCCAGACUACAAAGAGAAGAGCGUGUUUGGUGUUCCCCUCAUCAUCCAUGUCCAGCGCUGUGGUUUUCCGCUCCCUCUGUGUUUACAGCAGGCCCUCAGCCACCUCAGAACACACUGUCUGGACCAGGUGGGAUUGUUUCGCAAAUCUGGCGUGAAGUCUCGUAUUCAGGCUCUGAGGCAGCAGUGUGAGCUGUCCCCCGACUCUGUGAGCUACGAGGACCAGUCAGCUUACGACGUGGCCGACAUGGUCAAACAGUUCUUCAGAGACUUGCCAGAACCUCUGCUAACAAGCAAGCUGGGGGAAACCUUCCUGCAUAUUUACCAGUAUGUCCCAAAGGAGCAGCGGUUGCAGGCCGUCAGAGCGGCCGUUUUGCUGAUGCCAGAUGAAAACAGGGAGGUCCUCCAGACGUUGCUCUGCUUCCUGCGUGAUGUCACUUCCUUGGUGGAGGAGAACCAGAUGACGCCGAUGAACCUGGCUGUUUGUCUGGGACCUUCGCUCUUCCACCUCAGCAUACUGAAGAACGAGGCGCUGUCACCAAGGUCAAUCCAGAAGAAGUACACCACAGGCCGUCCCGAUCAGAAAGACCUUAGUGAAAACCUGGCUGCCACCCAGGGCUUGGCACACAUGAUCUCUGAGUGCCAGCACCUCUUUCAGAUCCCAGAGGAGAUGGUGACCCAGUCACGUAACUCCUACAUGGAGGCUGAGCUGAUGGUGCCCCCGCUGGAAGAGCUGUGCAAGGCUCACGGGGAGGAAGUGGAUGAGGACGAGGAAGAGGAGGAUGAGGAGGUAUCCUAUUGUUCACACCUAGAAAGGCUGGUUCAGAACCUGCUGGAAGAGGCCAAAGAUAAAAGCAAAGUCUGGGUGUCUCGCUCAACUACUGACCAUACAGAACUGGCAUUUAAAAAGGUGGGAGAUGGCAACCCUCUGAGGCGGUGGCGAGUGUGUGUUGAGGUGUCAGCAACUCCCAGUGAGGUGCUGCAGCGGCUGCUGAGAGAGCGCCCUCUGUGGCAGACUGAACUACAGCAGGAGAAGGUUCUGGAGACGCUGGAUAAACAGACAGACGUGUACCAGUACUCCUGCGGCAACAUGGCACCUCAACCCAGCUGUGACUAUGUGGUACUAAGGUCAUGGCGUACAGACCUGUGUAAAGGCUCCUGUGCACUGGUGUGUGUGUCCAUCGAACAUGAUGACAGCCCACGCAUGGGAGCAGUGAGGGGGGUGGUGCUGGAUUCACAGUACCUCCUCGAACCUUGUGGGACUGGAAGGACCAGGCUCACCCAUAUCUCCAGAGUGGAUCUCAGGGGAAGAUCUCCAGAAUGGUACAACAAAGCAUUUGGUCACCUGUGUGUUAAUGAAGCCCAGAGGAUCCGCUCCUCUUUUCACUCGCCAGAUCAGACAACUACUGAGGCCAAAAUCUAAAGCCCAGAACUCAAGCUUUAUCUUGGGUCACACUGCCAGAGCAGCUGGGCCUGAGAACCAGUGACCCAGGAGAGGAAUCAUCCAGACAGUGGACUUUAGUGUCUUUUCACGCUGCUGAGCCACACUGAGCUUUACUGUACCAUACUGUACUGAGUUACAGUCAUUUACACACAGAAAAGGAUUUUUUGUUACAUUACAUUAAUUCUGCAGAACAACAUAUCACUACUUAUUUAUCUCAUACAUUAUGAUUUUCAGUGCCAUUUAAUUUGCAAUUUCAAAUAUUAAAAUGGCUUAUUUAAUCUAUUUGAAUAGCCAUUGAUGUCUCAAAUAAUUGGCUAGCAACCAUGUGCUUUAUCGGGGGGAUGAGGUUGUGCAGACAGAGAGUAUUUUUGGUAUUUAUUGCUCUGAGUCAUUCUUCCAAAUCCUCAUCUACUUAUCCAAUAUCUUGCAAAAAAAAUGACCUUAUAAAACAGCCAGCACUAUAAGGCGUGAUCAUGAGAUGGUUGCGGUCUCUAACACCUUAAUUUGAUAUAGCUAUUACUGAUUUCAUAGUAUGUAAAAAUAUUUACAUCUUAUGCCUGUAAUAGCCACAAUUCUUUAUUAAUCUGUCCAUCUAUAAACUAAGCUGUGAACGUAUCACUUACAUAUGCACAUUUAUAAAAUGCACUUGAUUAUGAUCAAGCCUUCCACAGAUAAAGAUGCAUAAAUCCCAGUGCUCUAAAAACAAAUCUGGAAUGACCAGGACCAGUACAAUAUGGCUACAUGACAUGGUUGCAUUACAUUGUGAAAAGUGCACUAGUUCAGGAAAAGCAGGCAUAUGAGGGAUCUGGAUCACAGAAAUGGGAAACAUUCAUCUGGUCCAUAAAUGUGCUGUUAUGGAUACAUUGUGUUGGAUAUCACUGUUGAUUUAGUUCUGUCACUAUUUUCAGUGUUAAUCUUAUCUAAAUGCUAUUUUAACUUUAUUAUUGUCAUUAUAUCAAUGUUUAUUGUAUCACUUUUUUGCUGUCAUGUUAUACAAUGUCUAAGACAUGUGACCAUUUCACUGCUUCUGGGAAGCAUGUUUGAAAUUGUGUGUGUGGGUGUAUGCAUGGAUGGAUGUGCCUGUGUAUCUGCUUUUUAGGUAUACAUACAGCCUUUAUUGUAAAUAAAUAUGACGCGUUCUGUGCCAGCAGAUCAAACAUCAUAGCUUUUCAGGGUCUUCCUAUCAUAUUGAUAUGCUGAAAUGUGAACCUUUUACACGCCAUCCUACUAAAGCAACAGCAGACUAACGCUUGCUCUGCCAUGGCACUGCCUGGGCUUUUGUUGUUUCGGCUGUAGGCGUUGCUAUGGUGUUGCUAUGAUACAAUAUCUCUACAGUGCCACCAAAUCCUGCGUGAAUGCUGUCAGCUGGUGUGGAAUGUGUGUGUAUGUGUAAAUAAGUGUGUAUGAGAGAAACAAAAUGACAAAGAUUGAGUGAGUGACAUUGACGUGAGCCCUCGGCUGUGUGGGGAGGGGCUCCAAACCUAUCUAAGUAGCUGAGACCAGGGGGAUUUAUGCUUGGUCAUUUCUGACAAAGUGAACAAGAGAAUAAAAAAUUCAACACAACAUUGUGUGGAAAUGUUCUUC